AUGACCGAAGUGAAAGCAAAACUCUUGUUCGAUGUUUACAUCGUCGACAAGUCAUCUCUGGCAGCCAAGCUAAGGAAAAUCGUGGAUAUUAGCGAAAAAACGACGGCCGACUUAGAUGGAAUGACGCUGAAGGAGAUUAGAGAGCAGCUCAAUAAUGCAAAAGCAUUGACAUUUCGCCAGCAAGGGUGCUCGUUCUGCAACAAAGCAGGGGCAGUUUUCAAUGACAAUCUCCCGUUUUCGACAUACAUCCAGGCGCUGAAUCAUGGAAGUGAUGAUUCCUCGGACAAAAAUGACAAUGGCAACGGUGAUCAAGAGGUGAAGCCAAACGAAAACCCUAAGGGAGCCACCACGCACUAUGCGGUGUAUCUCAGGUCGCGUAAGCUUCCAACAGAGCUUGAUGAGAAUACAAAGAACUUUUUGAAUGAAAAGAUGGAAUUCGACUUGAAGAAAACAGAGCUACUGGCUGGCAAGUCUCCAGAACUACUGGAAAAAUCUUACAGCCACUCUGAUUUCAUGGCGAGAACUGGCAGUGGCACCAUCACUCAGCCAGCGGAUAUGCUGGAGCGCCACUGGAAUGUUGUCAUGAAUACAAACUCCCUAUUGAGCGGAAGCUCUGCGGUAUUGCGCGAUGUGGACAUUGGAGUUCGGGUGGAGCGCGCUAUGUAUCCUGCCUUCAAGUCAAAGAAGCGCGAAUUUGAGGACUACGAAGUGGCUUUGGACAACAACUCGGAUAUUGCGGUUCCAAAGCACGGACUUCAUAUUCCUCGAUUCGUUGUCGCAGACGAUUCUUACGUGGAAGUAACCGAAUCGCAGUCUUCCGUAGCGACAGCUGUUGCAUCGAGCUCGUUGGCUCAGGUUGAUGCAGAAUUGGCAGUUGGGGCCGGCGUCUAUGGAUAUAGCGCAGGUAUUUCUGCCUCCCAUCACAGCGAGGAAGAGACCAAAAAGCUGGUGACGAACAGGACGGACAAGAAACGGAUGGUCAUAACAUACAAUUUUCCACGGGUGAUUGUUUUGCUCGACGAAGAUAGUUUAGAAGUCACUGCAGAAUGUGUCGAAGCCGUCAAGAAGGUGAAGGACUGGAACACACUCAGCAUUUUCCUGAACAAGUACGGAUCUUUUUUUGCAACCCGGGUUGAACUCGGUGGGCGCCUCCAUUCCUCGGAAGACUCGACUGCCAUUACCGGUGAAACUGUAUCUGAGAAAGCCAAAUCCAUGAAGAAUGCUGCCGGGCUCUCUGUCUCCGGACCCGCCGUGGGGGUUUCUGUCAAGGGUGGAAAAGGCAAAGUAGAGGGUAACAAAGAUGAAAAUACCACCUCUUCUCUCGAAUCCAAGAUGUCCUGGGAGGCCAAAGGUGGUAACACACUACUUUGCAACAAUCCUCCUCAAUGGUGUAGCACCGUCGCCUCGUUCUAUAACUGGCGUGUGGUCAAGCAGGAGAAUAUCCUCGCUAUCGAGGACCUCAUCGAUAGGAUCCAGGGAGGCAGUGCGGUCAGAGAUCAAUUUGAUCUCAUUAGGAAGCCACCACCCCUGGCACCAGACCAUCUCAACAUUUGCUUCUAUGAGAAGGCGCUAAACAAAUACAUCAGCCUCCAUCCAGAUAGAACCGACAACAGUCUCUACAUGAGACUUUCCGCGGAUGAUCAAACCGAGGUGUUCGAGCUGCAUGGAAUUAUACCCACGUAUGGUGGAACUCGACGGAUCAUGCGCCAGCACCAGUAUACGCUAUUCAACACAAAUUCCAAGACCUGGGUUCAUGGAAAAAAACAUGGACCCGUAGAAGGGAUGUCCAAUUUAUGUUCCGGGGCAAUGGAAGAAAGCAAGUGGCAUUUCAAGAUUGAAUCAGUCGAGCCGGAAAAGAACACCUCCGGGGUCCUUGGACAGAAUUUUGCCGUCACAAUCGCGGCAUUCGACCCAGAUGGCAACAGAAAGGGUCUUUUGGGGCAGGUCGGUGCGAGGCAGGAUGAUUUGUUUGUGGGUGCUGGCUUCGGUUUCACCCCUCGGCAUUUUCUCCUGCGCUAUCAGGAUAGUGCGCUAUUAAGAAUCAAGAAAUUAUCGGAUGUCAACGCGCAAGGCGGAGAGUACGGCUACGCUCUCUACGCCGCCUCGUACAGAGGCCAUCAAGAGAUUGUCACACUGCUCUUAGACAAGGGAGCGGAUGUCAACGCGCAAGGCGGAGAGUACGGCUACGCUCUCUACGCCGCCUCGUACAGAGGCCAUCAAGAGAUUGUCACACUGCUCUUAGACAAGGGAGCGGACGUCAACGCGCAGGGCGGCUUUUACGGCAACGCUCUUCAGGCAGCCUUAGCCGAUGGCCAUCAAGAGAUUGCCACACUGCUCUUAGACAAGGGAGCGGACGUCAACGCGCAGGGCGGCUUUUACGGCAAUGCUCUUCAGGCCGCCUUAGCCGAUGGCCAUCAAGAGAUUGCCACACUGCUCUUAGACAAGGGAGCGGACGUCACUGCAGCGGGCGACCGUUACGGCAACGCUCUCCAGGCCGCCUUAAAAAAGGCCGUAAAUGGGUCUUAA